AUGCUGCUGCUCAGACUGACCCUUAGCCUGGUUCUCCUCGGAGCCUCCAGGGGCUGCGGUGUUCCUGCCAUCAAACCAGCACUGAGCUUCAGCCAGCGGAUCGUCAACGGGGAGAACGCAGUGCCAGGCUCCUGGCCCUGGCAGGUGUCCCUGCAGGACAGCAGCGGCUUCCACUUCUGCGGUGGGUCCCUCAUCAGCCAGUCGUGGGUGGUCACUGCUGCCCAUUGCAACGUCAGCCCCGGUCGUCACUUUGUUGUCCUGGGCGAAUAUGACCGAUCAUCCAAUGCCGAGCCUGUGCAGGUUCUGUCCAUCUCCAGGGCCAUCACACACCCUAGCUGGAAUCCCACGACCAUGAACAACGACCUGACACUCCUGAAGCUUGCCUCACCAGCCCAAUACACGACACGCAUCUCACCAGUUUGCCUGGCUACCCCCACGGAGGCGCUGCCUGCAGGCCUCACAUGUGUCACCACUGGCUGGGGCCGCAUCAGUGGUGUGGGCAAUGUUUCCCCAGCACGUCUGCAGCAGGUGACUCUGCCUCUGGUCACUGUCAAUCAGUGCCAGCAGUAUUGGGGCUCACGAAUCACUGAUGCCAUGAUCUGUGCAGGUGGUUAUGGAUCUUCCUCCUGCCAGGGUGACUCUGGCGGCCCCCUUGUCUGCCAAAAGGGGAGCACAUGGGUACUCAUUGGCAUCGUGUCCUGGGGCACCUCCGAUUGCAAUGUACGCACACCUGCCAUGUACACUCGGGUCAGCAAGUUCAGCUCUUGGAUCAACCAGGUCAUAGCCUACAACUGAGUCUAGCACAAGCCCCUCUCCAUUUCAAUCCAAUAAAGACUCCAGGCUCU